AUGGCGAGUGGGAAGCCAGCGUGGCAGUGCCAGCCGAGGACUGAUGCGAAUGCGUUGUUGUUUAGGAUUUGGGGCGUGAAAGCAUCGCCGGAGAUUCCAUCGGAGUUGUCUGAGGAGGGAAAAGAUUUUCUUGAAAAGUGUUUCUUGCUUGAUCCGAGAAAGAGAUGGACGGCGGAGAUGCUUCUUGAUCAUCCGUUCGUCGCCGGUACCGAUGUGACUGUUCCAUUGAAACAGUCCGACGAAGCCUCCACUUCCCCAAGAGGUCCUUUCGAUUUUCCGGAAUGGGCCUCCGAUCACGCCCCUUCACCGACGCCGGAUUCUGAGGCCUGCUUUGACAGAGACCUCAAUUCAUCAUCUCACUCCCGGACAUCUCCCGCGGACCGAAUCCGGCAACUGGUGACCGAUCAGACGCCCAAUUGGUCAGUUUCGGAGAGUUGGUUCACCGUCAGGAUACACACCAAUAUUAUCUCAAUCCGCAUGGCCUCAAGUAGUUUGAACGCUUCUGAUUGGCCAGACAAAGCGGCCUGA